AUGGGUCGCAUCCUUAGGAGCUUGGAAUUGAAGACGCUCCGAGAUUACGAAGAACGGAAGUCUCCAGCCUUCCAGUCAAUCGCAUCCUGGGGGGCUACCACACAACACGUUGUACUCUCGAUUGCGGCACGGAUCUCUAUUGAACUGGCUACUAUCUUCGCGGUUGGACAUUCCACCCGAAAAAUCAAAUUCUCCAUUCAAAUCGUACCAGGCAAUGAAUCGCGCACCAGACUCUCGAGUAAUAUUCACGAACAAUUGGGUUUUAUCAGCAUCGACUUGAGCCACAACCUCAUGCAUGGAGACAAGCGCCACAUCUCCCUCAUCAUCGAACUCACAAAAGGCGCAAACCCCAUAGGCACCAAGUAG